AUGUCGCAACCAGGCUCUUCACCCAUCUCUAGAUCCUCCAUGCUGGAUAGCCAGAUUCGUCGCAAACAUGUUGGUAACGGCUCCUCUCCAAGAAUUCCUUCAAUGUGGAGAAACCCAACCCCCCACGACCAAUAUCCAGCCUAUCGGCCCCUGCCUGCCUCAUUGAUAGCAGGCAGAACGCUGACCGAGCAACCCCAAGAGCUUGAUGGUCGACCAAUUCCUCAGACCAGUGCUCAGUAUCACGCUGAGCCCGAGCGUUUCCAAUGGCAACCUGAGCAGCAAGCGUCGGGCCCAGGUAUACCGGCCGGCUAUGUGCUGGUUCCGCAGUGCAUUGGUCAGUGGCAGUCAGCCUACUUCCCAACCCCGGAUGGCCAGUACCAAGUCCGGGUUGUGUCAUACCUGGAAGCCCUCAUCCCCAUCGCCCCAGGGCAGGCGCAGCAGCCCCCGGAGUCUUGA